ACAAUUCUACACCAAACUUCCUUUAACGUGUGAGAGUGUCUAACUUCUUUUCAAUAUCAUCAAAGUUUCUUGUUUAUAAAAAAGUGUUCGUCAUCACCCCCCAAAUGAAACUGGCAUCGAGUAAUUUUAUGAAGCUUAUUCUUCGUCGAACAAAAGGGCCAUUUAUUCUACUCCCAAAACGAACUUUCGUCACAAUGCCUGACUACCAUCUAAGAGACAAGGUCGCUCUCGUUACUGGCGCGAGCUCGGGCAUCGGUCGCGGGUGCGCCGUAAGCUUCGCGUCAGAAGGCGCCUGCGUCGCCGUCACCGGCAGGAAUGAAGCCGCCCUGCAGGCCACCGUCGACCAGUGCUCCAGCAGAGGCCUCAGGCCUGACCAGAUUCUGAAGCUGGUCGCCGACUUGUCACAAGAGGAGGACUGCAAGCGCGUGGUCGCCGACGUCGUCAAGCAGUUCGGUCGCUUGGACGUCCUCGUCAAUUCCGCGGGCAUAUUGGUCGCGGGGGGCAUCGAGACCGUGUCCCUGGAUCAGUUCGACCAUCAGAUGAACAUCAACGUGCGCUCUCUGUAUCACUUGAUGCAGCUUGCGCUCCCGCAUCUGCUGCAAGUCAAAGGCAACAUCGUAAACGUGUCCUCUGUCACCGGCAUGCGCGCGUUCCCCAACGCGGUUGCCUACAACGCUAGUAAAGCCGCAGUGGACCACAUCACGCGCUCUGUCGCCCUCGAGGUCGCCGCCAGGGGCGUCAGAGUGAACGCUGUCAAUCCUGGCGUCAUCGUCACGCACUUGCAUAAGGAAUCCGGGAUGACGGAUGACAAGUAUGAUGAGUUUCUUGAGCACUCGCGCACCACGCACGCCAUGGGGCGCGUGGGCGAGGUGCAGGAGGUCGCCGACGCUGUUCUCUUCCUCGCCUCCGACCGCGCCUCCUUCAUCACAGGCGCCACGCUGCCCAUCGACGGAGGGCGGCACGCCAUGUGCCCGCGCUGAAGUCCCAUAAAAUGUUUAGAUUAAUUUGUGUAGGGUUUGGAUUUGUAAUUGUUUAUUAUUCGUGGUUGGGCCGUUAUGUAUACGACAGACAUGAUCUUUAUUGGGAUCGCUGUUUUACUUUCUAAUUUGUUAUGUUGGAUUUUCCCGAACGUGUUUAUCAGAUUUUUCAAUUUUGUCUCUUUCUUGGGUCGUCAGUGUAGUUGCUUUAUUUUUUCUGUGCUGUUUGGGCAGCAAGUGAAGAUUUUUCGUGCAAUAUAUUGGUAACAUCUGUUAAAUGUGCAACUCCUAGGUCUGUGGUCUCCUAUUGUUCCCCGCUCUGGGUCGCACUCGACGCGAUGCAUUAAUUCUCUGAACACACAAUGUAACCGAGCUCGGACCUGGUCACAUUUGUGACCAUGAAGCCACAUUUGCUAUUCUUUAUUAUGACGCUAAACAUGUAGCAGUGUAUGUUGCGGCCGCUGUUGCAUGGUUGUAUCGUGAAUAUUAAGAUGCGCGUCUGACGUUCUGUUGUUUAACGCGAAGUUCAAGCCAAAUUUCUCUGAAGACCGGUCACUUUUUUGAGAAGUCAUUAUCGCCGUAUUCAUCAGUGCAAGAAAUAAACUUAACGCAAAUUUUUGCUCUAUAUAAAUUUUAUUUAGUCAUAGCAGAGGACUAUUCUGUUGGGGUUUUAUGCUGAUAGCACGCGUGCCAUGUUAGACUAAUCAUCGGACACUGUUGCGGGUUGGAUGUGGCCUGCAGACCGCAGGUUGGGAAUUGUUAUUCCAGAUUGAAUUUUAUGAUAUUAUCAGAUGUUGGUAUUAUUAUAUGUUUCGUCAAUAUACUGGGAGGAAGAAA